UCAGGUUGAGAUGGGACUGUAAGAGAAAGAAAUUUAACAAGGUAACCCAGAGACAGGGCAGUUGUGACAUUCAGUCUAAUGGAGCUUCAGCAGCCAUAAAACGUCUCUCCUUCUUUCUUUCUUGGAACGAAGGGAAGACAUUUCCAGCUAGCUCACCAGGCCUGUACAUUCCACAAGUGCCAAGAAGAGGAACCGAGGGAGAGAGAGACUAGAUUGACAGCGUCCCGCCUUGGAAGAGUAAGGUAGAAGGUCUUAAGAGGGACGCUGCAAUGCGAGAGGAGGUGUCCCACACCAACUCCCCCGAGGGGGGACUUGGGGCGAGUGAAGAGGAACUGGAGCGAGGGUCAAAGAAGGCCCUCCAACCAGUAACCCGAAAACGUUCCCCAUACCCGAAGAAGGACACCCUUGGUCGGGCAGAGGAGACAGACACCGGCAGCCCCAACAGCCUGCUCCCAUCUGGUCCAAAGAGGCUGAAGAAAAGCCCUUCGGCUGUGGUCUCAUUGGCUCCAACAUCACUAGGCCCUGGGCCGGAACAGCCCUAUGAGGACCUGCACACUCAGCGUGUCAUCGCCAAUGUGCGAGAGCGUCAGCGUACUCAGUCUCUGAAUGACGCCUUUGCCUCCCUACGUAAGAUCAUCCCCACGCUGCCGUCAGACAAGCUGAGCAAGAUCCAGAUCCUCAAGCUAGCAUCGCGGUAUAUCGACUUCCUCUACCAGGUGCUGCAGAGUGAUGAGAUGGAUGCCAAGCUGGCCAGCUGCAACUACCUGGCCCAUGAAAGACUGAGCUAUGCCUUCUCCGUGUGGAGAAUGGAGGGUGCCUGGGCCAUGUCCGCUAGCCACUAA